ACUCUGGCAGUUUGAUCCAAUAUGCCAUCUACGUGGUCUUUCUUGUUUAAACAACUAGUUAAUUUCCUUUUUGGACUAAUGGGUAUAACGGGUACGCGUAAUACCCAAAUGGGUUAACGAGUAACCCUAGGGUACCCAAACUAGUGAUUCUUAAUCCCACGUCCUAUCCCGUAAAAAAAUUUAUGGGUAUUUGGGUACCCGUAACACUAAAAAAAUGGAACGGGUAUACGCAAAUACUCGUUUCCCGUUGCCCACCCCUACUCCUUUUCUUUAUGUGUUUUUCUCUCUAUACUUGGUUCUUGCAGUUGUUCGUAUUCCUCAUAUUUUCUUAACACGUUAUCAGCACGAAACUCUACUACCUAUAAGAAGAAAAUUCAUUGUUUAAAGUACAUCAUUUUUCUCUUCUUAUUUGUAUUGAGAUUAUCUUGUUAUUUACAUAUGCCCCAAUGCAUGCUACUUAUUUCUCGUACCAUCCAUGAAUAUUGUACCUAGUACAACUAUUUGUUAAUAUUUGAGCUAUAAUUUGAAUAACAAUAUCAUACAACCUUAUAAUAUAUGCUGAUUUCAUAAAUUAUUAUUUUCAUUGAUUUUGUCAGAAAAGAAAAAAAAUUGGCCUCUAAGGGCCUCCAACAAGGCGUUCCUCUUUCUCAUGGGUUGUUUCCCUUGGCUAUGGAUAUAUUAUCCUCUAUGAUCAACAAACUUGGUGACGCUGGUUUGUUGAAUGAGUUUUUCAUGGAUGACGGUAACAGCGAUGGGAUGGUCACUCGUAUCUUUUUUGCUGAUUAUAAGUCUUUUGGCGGCCUUGAUAUGCUUUCAGACCGUUAGUGGAUUGAAGUCAGUUAUAUUCAUUGUCGGCAAUGUCCCGAAACCUGGGUUCUUUGUUGAUAUCUUUGGAUUUAGUUGAAGUGACGAUAUCACAAAGUACCUAGGCUUACCUUUGGGUGCUAGGCCUAAUGCUUGCUCGGUGUGGGACCCCAUUGUUUCGAAAAUACAACAGGGAUUGGAAGGACGGAUGAGACUAUAUUUUUCCUUGGGGGCUCGCCUGAUUGUGUUGAAUUCUCGAUUGACUAGCCAGCCUUCUUACUUCUAUUAUUUGUUCAAGGAUCCUAAGAAGAUGGUUAAUAAGAUUGAGAAGUUGCAAAGAAGAUUUCUUUCGAGUGGUGUUGGAGAGACUAACAAGGAUCAUCUGGUUAGUUGGGAUGUUUGUAGAUCCCCUAAGAAGGAUGGUGGACUGGGAAUUGUUGACUUAGAAGCUUUCAACAAUGCGAUUUUGGGAAAAUGGAUUUGGAAGUAUGCAUUGCAGAGUGGGAGCUGGUGGCAGAAGCUCAUUUAGGUGAAAACCCCUAAUGCCAUUAUUGUUUGGAGCACGAAGACUAUGAGGGUUGGUUUCGCUAGUUAUGUUUGGGAGAAUAUCAUGGAGACUUCUGGUGAUGUGUGGAAGCUGGCUCGUGUUGAUCCUGGAUGUCGUGCUUGCGUCUCCUUUUGGAAGAUUGGUGGAUUCCAAGUGAGGUGCUUGCCGAUUCUUUCCCCCGUGUCGCUGCAGCUAGGGUUUGCCCUGAAGCAUGGGUCUCGGACAUUUACUCCACUACAGGUGAGGAUGUGUGUUGGAAUUUAAAUUUAUCUAUUUCAUUGAGAGGGGGCUGAGAGGGAGAGAUUAAAUUGGUUAGAUAAAUUAGAUUCUAUUGGCUCCAACCUUCUUAGCUCGGGGUCUUAUAGCCCUGUUUGGUGCCCAAAUCCAUAUAUGUCUUUUUCGGUGAGUCCUGUGUGCAGGUGCCCAGUUGAUGGUCGCUGUCAAGGUGUUAUGAAUUUCCCUUUCGAGGCUAUGUGGAAGAAUAUAGUCCCAAUCAAAAUCUGCGGGUUCCUGUAGCUAUGCUAUCACAAAAAGAUUAUCACGAUUGAUAAUCUUAAAAGGAGGGGUGGUCCAUUGUGAAUAAAUGUGAAAUCUUUUG